AUGUACUUACUCUGGCACGUCGGCCUCGUACCAAUACUACUUCCGGUCGUAAUAUUUUUGCUAUUUCGUUGGAAAAACCGAAGUUUUUAUCGCGUCUCAGCCGAACUACCGGGACCCAAGGAUUACCCGCUUAUCGGCUGCGGACAUCUCUUUAUCGGCAAAAGCAACGAAGAACAGUUUGCCAUUCUUAAUGAGCUCACGAAAAAGUAUCCUUCACCAUGCCGGGCAUGGCUUGGUCAUAAGUUUUUGAUAUUUAUCGAUAAUCCAGAAGAUCUUCAAACGGUGCUGAAUUCCCCAAACUGUUUGGAAAAGGCAGACGUGUAUCGGUUCUUUCACUGCGACAAAGGAUUAUUUUCAUCCCCGGCAAGCGUUUGGAAGGUUCACCGCAAAUUACUCUCACCGUGUUUCAGUCCCGCCAUAUUGGCCAGCUUCGUGUCGAUAUUCAACGUGAAAAGUGCGACUUUAGUGCAAAGAAUCGAAAAACAUUUAAAACAUGAAGAAUUCAAUAUAAAUGAAGAUAUCUCACGGUGUACCCUAGAUAUGAUUUGUGCGACCACAUUGGGAACCAACAUGGAUCUGCAGAGUGACGAAGGAACCGAGUACAUAAAAGCCAUUGAAGAAGCUUGUGAACUCAUCAACCAAAGGGUUUAUAAAAUUUGGUUGCAUCCGGAUUUCAUCUAUAAGAAAACUUCCUACUAUAAAGCCGAGCAGGAAAACUACGAGAAAGCAUACAAAAUGUCUCGAAAAGUACUACGAUUAAAACAAGGAGAACGGAGAGAAAAACUUAAACCGUCAACAGAUGAAGACCUGAGAAAACCUCAAAUUUAUAUUGAUCAAAUUCUGCGUCUUGCUGAGGAGACGGACAUUUUUGACGACGCAGCAAUCCGUGACGAAUUAGACACAAUCAUUCUAGGGGGUAAUGAAACUUCCGGUUUGACUCUUUCGCAUGUGAUGUUAAUGUUGGCUAUCCAUCAGGAGGUUCAAGAAAACGUAUACAAUGAAAUUGUUAACGUAAUUGGAUCUAGCGAUCCAUCCGUUUCCGUCCAGAACGAUCAUCUAGGCAAGCUGAAUUAUACAGAGAUGGUUAUUAGGGAAACGAUGCGGUUGUUUCCCGUAGGGCCGAUCGUCGCCAGGACCUGCACUGCUCCGACAAAAAUCUCCAAAACAACCAUCCCAGAGGGCACUACCAUUAUUUUGGGAGUAUUCAACAUACAUCGCAACCCGUCCCACUGGGGUUCCCAGGUGAAUAGUUUCAAUCCGGAAAACUUCCUUCCGGAACGGGCCGCCGAGCGGCAUCCGUACGCGUAUCUACCAUUCAGUGGAGGUCCACGAAACUGUAUCGGCUACAAGUACGGUCUAAUGUCCAUGAAAAUAAUGAUGUGUCAUCUGUUGCGUGCCUACCGGUUUCGUACGCCACUCAAAAUGGAUCAACUGCAGCUGAAAAUGAGUAUCACUUUGAAAAUUGCAAACAAACAUUUGGUGCAGAUUGAAAGAAGACAAUCUGUCUGA